CGAGGCUGCAGAACGUGCUUUAGCCGGCUUCUAGGCUUGUGCUUUUGGGGUCCAGAGGGUAGAGGUGAGUACGUGGGAAUGCGGUGGGGAGUCUGGUGGGCUGGGCCCUGACGCGACUUCCUCCGCCCCCUUCCCUCCCCUCUGCCACCCGGACCUCUGCAGUCUCAACUUACAAGUCAAGCCGCUCGGUCCCCGGCGGAUCCCGCCAGGCCCCGCCCACCCAUCCUAGGCCCGCCUCCCCGCCUCUUUAAGCGAGCCCCCCUCGCUCCGAUUGGCUGCCGGAGUCCGGCCCCCGGCCACGUGACCAGGCUGCGUCCGAGAUGCGCACGGCUCCCAGGCAGGCAGGCGCGCUCGGGCGAGGUAGGAGCGAUGUGGGCUGGAAACGCCUGGCGCGCCGCAGUCUUCUGGGUGUCCCGCGGCCGCCGCGCACAGUCAGCGCUGGCCCAGCUGCGUGGCAUUCUGGAGGGGGAGCUGGAAGGCAUCCGCGGAGCUGGCACUUGGAAGAGUGAGCGGGUCAUCACGUCCCGUCAGGGGCCGCACAUCUGCGUGGACGGCGUCGCCGGAGGAAUCCUUAACUUCUGUGCCAACAACUACCUGGGCCUGAGCAGCCACCCUGAGGUGAUCCAGGCAGGUCUGCAGGCUCUGGAGGAGUUUGGAGCUGGCCUCAGCUCUGUCCGCUUUAUCUGUGGAACCCAGAGCAUUCACAAGAAUCUAGAAGCAAAAAUAGCCCGCUUCCACCAGCGGGAGGAUGCCAUCCUCUAUCCCAGCUGUUUUGACGCCAACGCCGGCCUCUUUGAGGCCCUGCUGACCCCGGAGGACGCAGUCCUGUCAGACGAGCUGAACCAUGCCUCCAUCAUCGACGGCAUCCGGCUGUGCAAGGCCCACAAGUACCGCUAUCGCCACCUGGACAUGGCUGACCUAGAAGCCAAGCUGCAGGAGGCCCAGAAGCAUCGGCUGCGCCUAGUGGCCACUGAUGGGGCCUUUUCCAUGGAUGGCGACAUCGCACCCCUGCAGGAGAUCUGCCGCCUCGCCUCUAGAUAUGGCGCCCUGGUCUUUGUGGAUGAAUGCCAUGCCACUGGCUUCCUGGGGCCCACAGGACGGGGCACAGACGAGCUGCUGGGUGUGAUGGACCAGGUCACCAUCAUCAACUCCACCCUGGGGAAGGCCCUGGGUGGAGCAUCAGGGGGCUACACGACAGGGCCUGGGCCCCUGGUGUCCCUGCUGCGGCAGCGCGCCCGGCCCUACCUCUUCUCCAACAGUCUGCCACCUGCUGUUGUUGGCUGCGCCUCCAAGGCCCUAGAUCUGCUCAUGGAGAGUAACACCAUUGUCCAGUCUAUGGCUGCCAAGACCCAGAGGUUCCGUAGUAAGAUGGAAGCUGCUGGCUUCACUAUCUCGGGAGCCAGUCACCCCAUCUGCCCUGUGAUGCUGGGUGAUGCCCGGCUGGCCUCUCGCAUGGCGGAUGACAUGCUGAAAAGAGGCAUCUUUGUCAUCGGGUUCAGCUACCCCGUGGUCCCCAAGGGCAAGGCCCGGAUCCGGGUACAGAUCUCAGCAGUGCACAGCGAGGAAGACAUUGACUGCUGCGUGGAGGCCUUCGUGGAAGUGGGGCGACUGCACGGGGCACUGCCCUGAGCUCUGGGUAAGGACGAGAAGAGCCAAGGUCCACCUACUGCCACAGGGUCAAAGGAGGUUUUCGAUCAGCUGAGACCAGAGGCUCUGAGCCCUGAACCAAAGUCCCAGAGCUGGGCUGGGACGUGGCCUUUGCUGAGGGCUGUGAGAAUGUGAAACAACAGUGUGAAAAUUGGCUGUGA